GGAAGCUCCGGCUGCUGACGCUGUACAUCUGCCUGGGCAGUGCCAGUAGGGCAAGACCAAACGCAAACUAUGGUCGAUUUUGCUUAAUCGAAUGGCGCCGGUAACUGGAAGUAGCGCUUUAUGGUCUCGUCCUUUCUUCGCCUCUCGUUUCUUGGGCAAAAUGCUGCGGCUUUUUGGCGCUUUUGUUAUGGCGGGGCUGGUUUUCGCCUUUCUGACUUCCUGGGUUUUGGAAAGCUAUAAUACUGCAUGGCAUCCCAAACGGAGCGUCGGGAAAUCAAACUCUAGUGCCGGGGAUGGAGGCUGGAACAACGCCCCACCGUAUCCCGGCGGGCAGCUGGAUAAUAUAUUUUGGUUUGUGCAAGUCUCGGACAUUCACAUCAGUCGCUUCCGUGACCCAAGGCGUGUUCCAGAUUUCAAAAAGUUCUGCACGGAUACAAUUGGUGUCAUAAAACCAGCCCUGGUUCUGGUUACAGGAGACCUGACAGAUGCUAAAACAGAGAGCAAGAUGGGCUCCUUACAGCAUGAAGUGGAGUGGCAGACCUAUCAUAAUGUCCUUAAGAGUUCACGUGUGCUGGAGCAGACAAAGUGGAUUGACAUCCGUGGGAACCAUGACUCAUUCAAUAUAAUUUCACUGGACAGUGUAAACAAUUACUACAGGAAGUACUCUGCCACUCGACAGGCAGGUUCCUUCCACUAUGUUCAUAGGACACCCUUUGGAAAUUAUUCAUUCAUCUGUGCAGAUGCAACUCUCACCCCAGGCCCUAAACGCCCUUACAACUUCUUCGGCAUUCUUGAUCAGGCUCAGAUGGAUAUGUUGGCCAUGCUCAAACUAGAGAGCCAGGACAGUAACCAGACCAUCUGGUUCGGACACUACACCACAUCCACCAUAAUCUCUUCCUCUCCCGGAAUCCGAGAGCUAAUGAGUUCAGCAGUGGCCUACUUAUGUGGACAUCUGCACACCCUGGGGGGUCUGAUGCCUGUUCUCCACAGCCGACACCAUCAAGGCACCCUGGAAUUGGAGCUGGGAGACUGGAUGGAAAACCGCAGGUACAGGCUGCUUGCAUUCGACCACGACCUGCUGAGUUUCUCUGACCUGACCUUUGAGCAGUGGCCCAUCGCAGUCAUCACCAACCCCAAGGAAGCUCUCUACCGACAUCCUGUUGUGGAGCCAUUGGGCCGGAUGCAGCAUUCUACCCAUAUCAGAGUUCUAGCAUUUUCUGAGGCUCAGAUCACGGCAGUACAUAUCAGUGUGGAUGGACAUGCUCUGGGGGAGGGUUACUCAGUUGGGGGCCCCCUGUAUGUCCUACCCUGGAACCCCUCUUUGUAUAACACUGGACUACAUUCCAUCAUGGUCAAAAUUGAGGACUCAGCUGGCCGGUUUGUGACGUAUGGGCAGCAGUUCACGCUAGAGGACAGCUUCUCUCUAAGCUUUGGCUUCCUACAAUCCUUUAUCCUGCUGACUGACCACUAUAUAUUGGCGCGAGUCACCUUCGUGUUGACGGUCUUGCUGAAUGUUGCUGUACUGCUGGCUUUCAGGUUCCUGCAGCCUCCAUCCAUGAGAGUUUCAUCAGGGAUCAUCUCUCAGACAUGUCUCUCCAUGCACCUUAUCAGCAAAACAAACAUCUUCUAUUAUUCCCUGCUACUUUUCAAUUUGUACACCGCUUUAGGUCCCUGGUUUGUUGGAGAGGUGAUUGAUGGACGUAGCGGUGCCUGCUUUGCUUUUGGGGUGUUUGUUAACGGGCACUUUCUGAAGGGCAGUUUAACAUACGUUGUUGGAAUUCUGCAGGUCGUUUUCUUCAACAUGCCUCUGACUUGCUACCUCUGCUGGAGUCUCUACUUGCGUUCCCGUGGUAACUGCUUCCGCUCACACUUCAGGCGAGCUGGUCCUAUUAGAACUGUGCCCAUACAUAUGGUGAUGCUGGGGCUGCUCAUGUGGCAGGCCUAUUCAUGCUACUUCCUGCUGGAGACCUAUGGACCUCAGGCCUUCUUCCUAUCGCCUGUCAGAUGCUGGGCCCUCGGGCUGGGCAUACUGCUGAUAUACCAAGCCUGGAGAGGACCCAGCCCAGUAAGGCCGUCAUAGCAUCACCAUACCCAAAUCUGACACUCAGCAAGGAUCUGUUCAUUUUUUUUCCCUAGAAUAUACUGAUUUGAUCAUUUUCUUUUGCUUUAUUUUAAUUAAUGGUUUAUUUGGGACAAGAUCUUUUAUUUUUAACCACUGCUUAAAAGGUCUUUACAUCUAAUGAAAGACCAGAAAUAUUAAAUCACAUUUUGGAGGUACAGUAUCCCCAACAGACAUGGUUAGGUUAAUAGUCAUUACAAAUCACCAGUAUUUAUGAGACAAAUGUUUCAUCUCCCACAUGUACAAUACUCUCUUGAGUAUGUCAUGCAGUAUAACAUCACAAUAUUCUUUUAGAUUUGGAGUCAUUUUUGAUGUUUUCCGCAGAUACUGCAAAUUUUUCAUUCAAGUUCUGCAAGUAUUUUUGGCAGGUCUAGUGUACUUCAGAUAUCAGGAUGAUCAGAUUGGUUUCUGUAAGAAACCAAAAGGAUUUUUUUUGUACUUUUGCUGUUUUUUUUUGUAAUUACAAUCAUUUUAAACCUUUGGUGUAUUUUUUCCAGUUGUAGCAAUGUGGCUCACAUAAGGCACUAUGGGGUACUGUGUUUGCACAUGUGUGUAACUAGAUGGGUUUUUUAACAUGUAUUUUGGCUUCCAAGUGUGGAUGCUUAUCCUCCCAAUCGUAAAACACCUGGAACACUAUUGUAAUAUGUCUGUCUGCAGCUGUACAAUCAGUAGAUGAAGCAUAUUUUACUCGUUCUGAGUUGUUUGUGAGGCUUAAGGUCCAGAAUGGAGCCAGGAAGGGCAGAAGGUAUAGUAAACUUAGUUUACUAACAUAUAGCUGCAACACCAUGAUUUCCAACCUGUCAAAGCUCACUAUUUAAGGAAAACAGAACAAGGCACCUGUUCACACUCUGUCGAGGGUUUUGCCAUGAAGGUUAACUAAUGUUGUUGCUUUGUAAAUGAGCAAAAUAGGAUUUCUGAUGUUAAAUGUGUCAGGGAAGGAUAGAAAAAAAAUUCAAAAAAAUACAUUGUGUGAAGAUUUAAAGGUGGACUGAAGGUUUCUCAAAGACAAAAUAGGAUUUCAUACUAGACACUAAAGAAUGGAACAGGUUUCCACUUAAUAGCAGGUUCUCAGUCAUCACUGUAUAUACUGGUGUUUGUGUGUUUGAAAUUCCAUUGUCUAUCGUGGUUAUGCUACUGACAUUUGUGACAUCCCAUCAUAUGUACUUGUGGAAAUAUGUGUUUUGAUUUCUGAAGAUGAUGAAUCCUGGUAUUUAAUAUUGCAAGAUGUUUGUUGGUCUGUUUACGUCCUGCCAAUGAACACAUUGUUUCUCAGGAACGUGCCAUGAUUUGAGCAUAUAUUUUAACUUAUUUUACAGUCCCCCUAUAUACUCUGAAUUGACAAUUGUUGACAAAAAUAUACAUUAGUUACAAUUAGUCAUGUUUUCAGCAAAAUGUUAUGCUAUAAGUGCAAUCUUGAAACAAAGUGUACUUCUGAUCAUUAUGGUCAGUGCUGAUGGAUGCUUCCAUUGGUUUUUGUUGUCCACAUUAUAUAUUGUUUAAAGAAGGAUGUUUAUAAGCACUAGCUAGUUACUAUUACUAACAGAGUAAAAACACAAAGGACACACAACUGUAAAUGACUAUGGGGGAGGGGCUAUAAAGUGACUUGUACACAAAUGUGUGCCUUUGGAUGACUGCAGAAGCUCAAAGGUCAGUGCUUCACUCGUGUUUGUCCCCUUAUGUUUGGCUGCAGUUAAGCCUCAUAGUGAUUAAUCCACAACCAAAACACAAGCAAUGGAUUUGUAUCAUUUCUACAGAUUUUAAAUGUGGUCAAUAGGAAUUUUGUUUACAUUAUGCCAUUGGAAUCAAGUUUGAUAUUUUUAAACUGUAUGACAUUGUCCUAUUAUAUGUGAAAUUUGGGAAAUAUAUAUUAAAAUGGAAUUUUUA